AUGAAGAGAGGAAGUAGAAAGUUGUGGUGGUUUAUUCCAUGUACACAUCGCAAGCGUUUGCGUACAGAAUCACGAUUGGAUGUGGAGGUGAUUAUUCAUACUGAGCUGGUAACCAUUGAAGAAGAGCCAGACACAGAUGACCAUGAUAAUGGAGGAGAGAAACCGGGAAAACGUGUGAAGAUGAGCAAGAAGAAGGGGGAAGAGAUCGGUCGGGUUUUCACAGCUCAAUACAGCUUAAAGAACUCAUAUGCACUCUUUUUGAACAGAAUGACAAGUAGUAGAAGCUUUGGUGGACUUCAAGCCUACUAA